AUGGAGCGAGUAAGGCGCGGGGAAGGGGGGGGAAUGGGAACAGGUGAAGGAGGUGGAGAGGAAGAUGGAGGUGAGGAAGGGACGGGAGCCGAAGAGGAAGAGGCGGGUGGGGAGGCGCCAGAGAUGAUGUCGGAAGGGGGGGCAGUAGAGGCUGGCGCGGGUGGAGGGGCGGGAAGGGGUGGGAGAAGGGGGGGGGGAGGAGGGGAGGGAAUGACAGACGACGGCUGA